AUGGCAGCGAAAGCCCAGUCAUUUCUUCAGCCGAUGGCCAAGUUCCGAGGUCUGCGGCUGGCCACUCAUGGGCCGGCUGGAGUCAGUAUCGGGUUCGACAAGGAAAGACUGGUCUGCAGAUGCUUGCCCGGAUGCAAUGUUGUUCGGAUGUCGCUCUACGAUGUGCCCGGUACAUCUGAGCAUACUCCUGCUCCGUAUUCGGCUGCAUCCAUGGAUUCUGCGUCUGCAGUGCCUCACGAUGCAAUGCAGACCACCCAGUGGUUCGACGCGGUGCGAAGCAACGAUGCAAGCUUGUUCACUUUGGCCUACGCCAUCGGUGGUCUGCCCGGUGCUCUGGCAACGCGUGAGCAACUUGUGUUGGCUCUUUACAUGCCCCGCAUUCUCUGGACGGCACCCCUUGUACCCAAGGUCUCAGGUGAGGUGGUCCGGGCGUGCUGUCAGAGGUGCCUGCGUGUGGUGGUGCCGGGGCCGCGUCUGGGCAGACCAUGUAUGGUCAAUCCGAGCUUUGCGGCGGCCAUCCGCUGUCUGCUGAAUGAUGAAGGGCAGGGACGUCCGAAUCCGGUCGUGCAAGCGUGUGUCUCGCACCAUGCGGCCAUCCUGUCUUUGCAAGCCGACUUCACUGCGAACGGGCAUGUUCUUCGGAACGUCGCCAGAGCGGUCGCUGAUUCCAUGCAGAACGGCCGGCACCCGACGGUGGCGGAGACCCAACUCCCCCUCGCAGCUGACACGGUGCCGAUGCGGAGCUUGAAGGGCGCUGGACCUGCCUUAGGUUUUUUUCGAGGCCAGCCGCGAAUUACCAGCAAGUCGGGCUGGGUUACGUCUGGCGCCCAUCCAGUGCUUGCCACCAGAGUCCGCGUGCAGAUUGCUGCGUGCCGCAUGGGUAUCAGCAUUGUGGCUAUAGGAGCCACCGUGCCCGACGCCGAACCCGGGCCGUCGCUGGCCGCGCUCAAUGCCAACCCCGUGGGGGUGUUUUCUUUCAGUGCGCUGCGCGGGUUGCUGCAGUCACCAACCAUCAUCAUCAUCAUAUGCGUCUACAACGCAUGCGGCGGCGGAACCGGAUCAGGUCUUGGCUGCCUCAUGCUCGAGAGCCUGUCCGAGUUUGCGGAGAAGGCCUACCACGAGCAGCUGUCCGGAGCGGAGAUCACCAUAUCCGUUUUCGGGCCCGCUUCCACCAUGGUUAAGUGCGACCCACGCCGCGUCAAAUACAUGACCUGCUGCAUGAUGUACCGUGGCUAUGCCGUUCCGCAGGAUGUGAACGCGGCACUGGCUACCAUGAAGAUCGCGAGUACCAUCCAAUUUGUGGACUGGUGCCCAGCCGGCUUCAAGUAUGGCAUCAACGACCAGCCGUCCACCGUGGUGCCCGGUGCAGAUUUGGCCAAGGUGAAAGGGCAUGCUGCGAUGAAUUUACCCAUUGUGUCUGCUGAGGAUCUCGAACAGCACGGAUGGACGCUGCAAGAACUGGGCAAAUGGAUUCACUCGGCGAAGGCGCUCUUCGGACAAUUCCUUACCAGAGAAGAUUUGACGGCUUUGGAGAAGACGACCCGAAGCAACAUUCUGGCUCCUUUGAUCACAAAAGUCAUCAGCCUUAAAGCCAAGAGUAUCGACGAGAGCGAGAGAGCUCUUGAAGCGCGCUCCUGGCUCUCAUUCAGCCUCCGGCUCCGCCUUACUAGGCCCAGCCUCGUUUGCUCUACGAAGGCCCUCGGCCGGUCUAAGAAAGCUAUGUCGGUCUCAGACCCCACUGCUAAGGCUGCUAAGGACAGCAGUCAGGCUCCACUUCCCGGACCUGUGGCGACGCGGUCUCCUGCUCUUUCGAUCAAACAUGUGCGAGGUGGCACUGAAAGUGCUGACCGUUGUCACCGCAUCAUGUUGGCGCGUCCGCCAUUGUAA